UUUAUUUAACUUCUUUGUUGGUAGUGAAGGCCAGGGAUAGGACAUUAAUACGUUUUAACCCUAUAUGUGGCAGAACUAUGGCAUCAAAGUUUGAUUCCUCCAUUCAGAGGGGCUGUUCCCCGUGCGAAGAAGAUGGAUUGAACACGGAAGCUCAACACUUCUGUAAUCUGUGUACGAAAUAUUACUGCGACAUUUGUGUUACAAAACAUAAUGGCUUAUACAAGAGGCACACAGUGCUCGACCGGAAGGACGUGAAGAAAUGGGCAGCGGCACCAGGGACCGUGGACGUUCUUGAGAGAUGCGAGAGGCACCCCGGGGAGGCGCUGAAGCUGGUCUGUGGUGACCAUGACCAGCUGUGUUGCCAUGUGUGCGUUUCAAUUGAUCAUAGACACUGCUCAUCAAUACAGCACAUUCCAGACGUUGCAAAGGGCAUCCGCAAAGAUCCCGGGUUUCGACAACUACCUCAACAGGUUGCUGUUCUUAGGAAGCAGAUAGAAGAUAUGAAAAACGACCGAAAGAAAAAUAGUUCCUCAUUGAGGAAGACUCGAACAGCCAUUGUUGAUGAAAUCCAAGCAAUUCGUAAAAAGAUCAACGACAUUCUUGACAAGAUGGAGAAAACAACCGUUCAAGAAUUAGACCGUCUGGUAGCUGAUCAGGAAAUGUCCAUUAAGAAAGAUAUGGAAUCCUGCACACAGAUGCACGAUGAAUUAAAGAACAUCAUAGAUGACAUACAAAGCAAAGACUCAUCAGGCGAACCACCCCUAUAUAUUGGUUUCAAAAAAUGUGAAGAAAAAAUCAAACAAGCAAAAGAAAUUCUGCAAAACAUGUCAAGUGUUGUCAAAUACGAUUUAACUUUUGGUAAACAUAAUGGAAUAGAAGAUAACUUGUCUUCGAUGAAGACAUUUGGAGAGUUAAAUGAAUCGAAUGUUUUUGGUGCACAACCACGUUCAUCGCUAUUCCCGCGAGAUCAUGUAUUUGCUACAGAAGGUUACAUGGAGUACAACGUGAAGAUGAGUUCAGACAGAUAUGACGGUUAUAUUGAAGGGAUAUGUGAGCUGCCUGGUGGAGAGGUUGUUAUUACAGACGGCCUCAACAAGAAAGUGAAACUCCUGGACCAGGAGUACAGGGUUGUCGACCACUGUGAUGUCCCCGAGUAUCCAUACGACGUGUGCCACAUUGGCGGGAAUGAGGUUGCGCUUUGUGUUGAUGAACAUAGACAUAACAAUGAUGAUAGACAUGAACUUCAUUUCAUUAACAUAACAAAAGGGAAACUUGUGACUACGAGAAAGUUAAGUUUCUCCCAUAAAUGUUACGGCGCAGCUCAUCACGGGAACAACCUUUACAUUUCAUCACUCACCGCGCUGUACGUCUAUACGAUGACGGGGAAGCAGGAGAAGAAGCUGUACGAGGAUAAGACCGGUGGUGACACGGUGAAAAGAUUUGCCAUCAGUAACGACGGGAAGACUAUCUACAUCACAAUCCACUCAAACAGUCAACUUAUCACCCUGGACAACCUCGGCAACAAGCUGGCCACAUUCACUGAUCCUGACUUGUUGGGACCUCACGGAGUACACGUGACAACUGCUGGACACGUGUUCGUCUGCUGCUAUUACUCCCACACAGUGCUGCAGGUUGACAAGGACGGGAAGACGAAGUUGGCCACACUGGCAGGGGGACAAGACGGAGUGCACUACCCUCAAGCUUUGUUCUUCAGCAGCCGUGCUUCCUCUCUGGUUGUCGCCGGAGAGAAAGGCACGCUCCUCGUCCUUAAUGUGCGAUAAAUAAUAGAUCCAAUUACAAGUGGCCAAAAUACAAUUAUUAUAAUUGAUUGUUUUUUUACUUUAGCUUUUCUCGUAAGUAUAAGCACGGAUGAAAAAUGUAUAUAAUACAAGAAUCAUAUUUGCUUAAACAUACAUGUCUAUAUAUAUUUUACGUAUUUUAUUUGCUUUUAGCUACAUAGUUAUAAUGUUUAUGGUGUACAUGCUAUUCAACUUAAUGACUGUUUAUUGUAUAAUGUUUUUCAAAUAUAUUCUAUAUGUUGUGUGUAUGUAUAUAUAUAUAUUUAUUCUUUAUUUAAUUUUGAAAUAAAAUAUAUAAUACGU